ACUAGCACAUGAUGGGAGUCAGCCAAUGGCUCCACCGCUCUCCUUGGGGGCCCCGCGCGCGUGUGUAUGUGUGUGCGCGUGUGCGUGUGAGGAAGAGGGGCAAAAGGAAAAGAGAGAAAACGCUGAGAGAAGAGGCUGUGCGUUGUAGUUUGGCUGAGAACUGCGCCGGACGUUUCUGGAUUGAGACACAGAUCUUUCCUCCGGGUUUACAGCUCUUUCCAAGGAUUAAACCCUCCACGUCCUGCCUCGAGUCUGCUUUAAUGCUCGUUUAAAGGAUUAAACCACGUCCUCGCUCCGCUCUGCGUGCCGAACAAAGUAGUUUGGAGCUGGCUUUAAAUGUCCGUGCUUCAGACCGUGUUGCGCCCUGGGCCACUGGGUUUGGAUUUGGCUCAAUUUUUCUUGACUUGUUGGUGUUUGGUUUGACUCUGCUCCCCAGUGAUGUUUUAUCGCUUUAAAGCGUGUCUUUGUGCGUGAAUGUGCGCGGAUCGAAAUGCUGCAGCUUGUUUUUUCAACCGUUUUGUUUUAGACCAACUCCACUUCAUGUGGAGUCUCCGCUGCUCGCGCGCUGGCUGUGCACGCGCUGCGCGGCAUUCCACUCUCAUUCAUGUUUGGCACCGACUGUCUCCACAUCAGUUGUUUUAGAAGAGCCUUCUUACACGAGAAUAAACGCCCUUUCUACACUUGAAGUGUCGUAUGUUCAGGACGAAACGCUCAGGUCUUGUCCGGAGACUCUGGAGAAGCCGUUUGAUCCCAGACCGAGAUGAGGACAAUGGGACAGGAGACAACGACGAGCUGUACGCAACCAACCCGGAGAAGAUUCCCAAAACGGACUUCAGAACGAUGACCCCAAGCGGCUCUCCCGUGCGGCCCGCGGGGGACAGGGGCGCCCCGGGGGACAGGAGCGCCCCGGCGGACCAAGGCGGGGGCGCGCUAUGCCCCCUGGGCAGGGACAGCGAGGGUAGGACCGUCACGUGCUGCUUGUUCAAAGACAGGGACCACUCUGAGCUCUCGCGGGACCCAGGCUCGUGCCAGCUCACCCGGGGGGGCCCACAUGAAGCACAGCAGGCGAUGCCACGCGCACUGCUGGAGCACGAGCUCAAAAGCGCGGCUCACUGCCUCCUGAAGCGGCUGAAGGAGAGGGCUCUGGACGCGCUGUUGGAGGCGGUGGAAUCUCGCGGAGGUGUGCCCAGUGACUGUGUAAUGGUGUCCCAAACAGACCUGCGGCUGGCCGGCCACGCCGCGUCACCGCCGCUGCUUGUGUGUAAACUGUACCGCUGGGCAGACCUCCAGCACGAGGCGCAGCUCAAACCACUGUGUGAAUGCACGAGCUUCGGUGUCCAGGACAGCGCCAUCGUGUGCUGCAACCCCUAUCACUACAGCCGCCUGUGUGGGCCAGAAUCUCCUCCACCUCCAUAUUCAAGACUCGCCCUUAAAGAAGAAGACCACAAGCCACUGGAUCGCUCGGACUCCACAGUGUCAUACUCUGAGAGUGAGCCUGCGAAUUCGCCCAACAGCUCGCCGGGGGAGUUCUCAGAUGCCAGUCUGUCCCCAGACGCUAUGAAGCAGGCCCACUGGUGUAAUGUGGCGUACUGGGAGCACCGCACUCGCGUGGGGCGGCUCUACACCGUGUAUGAACACUCUGUGUCCAUCUUCUAUGAUCUACCUCAGGGAACAGGCUUCUGCCUGGGCCAACUCAGCCUUGAGCAACGCAGCAGCACAGUACAGCGGACUCGAGGGAAAAUCGGCUACGGCAUUCUCCUGAGCAAGGAGCCAGACGGCAUCUGGGCCUACAACCGCAGCCACCACCCCAUCUUCGUCAACUCGCCCACGCUGGAUGUGCCCAGCGGCAGGACUCUGGUGGUGCGCAAGGUCAUGCCCGGAUAUUCCAUUAAAGUCUUUGACUAUGAGCGCUCCUGCCUGCUCCGCCACACCUUGGACACAGAGCCGGACGGGCCCUAUGAUCCCAACAGUGUGAGAAUCAGCUUCGCUAAAGGCUGGGGACCCUGUUACUCUAGACAGUUCAUCACCUCCUGCCCCUGCUGGCUGGAAAUCCUUCUCAAUAAUCAUAGAUAACAACUGUCCAAAUACUACCUAGAUCUAAUAUAAAGUUUUAUAUAUUAUAUAAAUAUAUAUUGUACUUGUAAAUACGGAGUCAUUUUUACAUUGUAAUUAUUUAUGUACGGUGCAAUGUGUUUAUGGACAAGAGGAUAAAGGAAAAUGCACUUUGGCUUAUAUAUAUUAUAUAUAUAAAUGUAUUAAGACAAUAAAUGGAAACGACACAGUGAAAACGCCUGGAUGUGACGUAUAGUUUUUUAUAUUAACAUCCAGACAAACAGAUAGCAGUCACACUCAUAAUAAAGGAUCUGCAUU